AUGGCUGCAGAUGAGAGCUACUUUGGCUACUGCAAACUCUCUGACAACCUGAUGCUCUUGGCUUUUGGAUGGUUCUACACUGCAUUGCUUGUGUCAGGUCCAUCCUUAAGGGAAGAUGCUAUAUAUUCUCGUCAACCUAGUAGAUCUCCAAUACUAAAGAGGAUCGGGGAAACAUUGAAAGGGAAGAAGCACCUGCUGCUUGUAGAAAACCUGCAUGUUCCUGUCACAUUGGACGAGCUGGCUUUCAUAUUUGGCGAACGGCGGCCAUCAAUAUCCCAAAAUCGGCGGUGGCUCUUCUCAACCACUUCCUUGGAUGUCUAUGAAAAAAGCAGAGACUCUAGAGACCUGAAGGUCUGGGAGUUUCAUUUAACUCCAGAAUAUUACUAUGCCCCGCCUUUCCAUGAUUUCCGUAGCAGAGAUUGGGUUAUGUUGAUUAAAGAGGCCUUAGAAGAUGCAGCCAAAUCCAUUUUUAUCGCACUCCAGGAUAAAGGAGACGAGGAGUUUUGGCUCCACGUAGCUCAGCACUGCUUGUAUUAUGCUAUCCUCUACCAUCCCCUGCAUGAAGCAACUGGACAACACAUAAGCAACACCUCCUCGCUUACAUCUGAUGAGCUGGUUCGUUGCUGGGUGGCUGAGGACCUGCUUUUAUCAGCAGCAAGCCCCAGCAAGAUACCAGCAGAAAUUGGCAAGAAACAGAGCAACUACUACAGGUCUGCAUAUGAAGCUGGGAAGGUCGUGAUUCAAGCUUUGCAGGAAUAUUCAUUUCUGCCAAUCUACUCUGCUGUUUCUACCCCAGCAGGAAGCACUUCAUCAAAUGCGCCAUCAUCCUCCCAGGAUGCCGUCACUGGUGUGUCAAAGUUGGCUAUGGGUGCCCCACGGCUCAAGCACGAUGAACUCAAUGCUCGUGUGAAGAAGAGUAACCAACUAAGAUGGGUCUCAUUUCUGAAUGAUUAUGGUAGGCAUGUUAGCUGGGAAUGGUGGCCGAGGGAAACCAGUGGAGAUAUAAUGGUGACAACCCUAAUUUUGAGAGGCUGCUCAAACAUGUCAGUUAUUCCUUUUGAUAAGUUGCUCAACCCACACCUUCGUGUCCUUGAUUUGUCCCACACACCUAUAAAUUCACUUCCACAUGCCUUUUCCAACCUACUGAAUCUCUACAUGCUCUCACUCAGAGGCUGCUCCCUGCUACAGACCUUGUCUCCACCACAACAUAAUUCUGAAAAAGAAACACCAUCACCAAUUUCUCAUCUGGAAAACAUUCAAGUCCUAGAUAUGAAUGGGGUUCCUUUGCUUGAGCUAACACAACAAGAUGGAAGUAACAAGAGCAAUCUGCACUACCUUGACCUAUCAGGCUCAAAGUUCACCACCCUUCCUUCUGAAUUCUUCUGUGAACUGUCAAGCCUUGAGGAGCUCAUUUUCGGUAACUGCACCAAUCUCAGAGAGUUACCUCCUUCCAUGACUCAAUUGUCAAAUCUGUUGGUUCUUCAUGUCGAGGGGACUCAGAUUACCUCUUUUCCAGAGCAAAUGUUCCAGAAAAUGCAAAUCCUACAUACACUCAAGCUAAUCAGCAACAUCCUGUUGAUGUCACUACCAGUGUCCCUGUCUGAAGCCAAGGGCCUCAAAGAGCUACAUAUCUCUAACUGCAUUAGCUUAUCUCUUCAGAUUGUCUGGGAACUAUUACCAUUCCUUGAAAGUCUUUAUAUACAAACAUGGGAGGAACUGGAAGAUAUCAAGAUCCUUGGGCAUCCUAAUCUGAGAACCUUCUCACUCUCUGGACCAUGGGUUAGGUGCUUGUCCUUGUGUGGAUGCAGCAAGCUCAAAUCUGUGAACUUUAGGGAUGACCUUAAAGCAUUGGAGGCUGUUGAUCUUUCUGGAACUGCUAUUGAGGAGGUCCCUCACAAUCUCCCAAAUCUACCACAACUCAACAUGUUACUUCUUCUUGGAGUCCCUUGUUCCAUGAGAUUUCCAUGGCAUCUUUUGGACCGGUUUCCUAAGGUUUUCUAUUUGGAUCACUGUGCAAAUGAUGAAAAUCAAAUUCCAGAGAUGUUUUGCCAGCAGAAAUUAACUUAUAGAGAUGAAAAUCAGCACAAAGAGGAAACUACCAAUACAGCUCAUAUCAAAAUAGAUGACCCCAGAAUGUUUCAUAGCUUCAACGCAGGUGCUGCUUACAAGUUAGUUAAGAAAGGACACUUUCUUCAGUCGUUCAAUGUUCAAGUUAAACCAUGCAGUGUGACAGGCAAGAAACCACGGAACAAUGAACUUGAGUUAUCUACCAGGAUCCAGAGGUGUUCGACUUACAGUGAUGUUCAGUAUUCAGAGGUAGCUAGCAUUAUGCCCACGAUGAUGCUUCAGCCAAAACGACGUCAUGUUGAGAUAUCAGCUAAGAAUCAGUACCCAAAUGGCUUAAGGCAUAUUCUCUCUGUCACAAACUCAAUGUUCAUCACAGAUGACGCUUUUGUUGGAUGCCUUACAGACAUCAAUUACAGUCUCAAUGAGCUAGAAGAAUGCCAGCUCCAGCACUGCCAUCAAAUGACAGUAGUGUUUUUAAUGCGUUCAUAUGGUUCAGAGGUUUUAUCACACUUGCAGGUACUGCAGGUCCUCCAUCUAAAUAACCUACUAAGUGUGGUGGAGCCUGAUAUUCUGUCAUAUUCUUAUUCGAUUACUCUGAAAGUUCUAAAGCACAUUCGCCUGGAGCACUGCCCAAGAUCGGAGAAAAUGUUCCCAUGUAGUUUGUCAUUACCUGCACUGGAGACUCUGGUCAUUCUCUUCUGCUCCAACCUCAAGACAAUUUUCUACAAACGACCUGAUUAUGGGGUAGCACGUUCUCCAUUCCCAAACAUCAAAAGCAUCUACCUCCAGGAGCUUCCACAACUGCUGAACAUCCAUGAUGAUGUUACAUUUCGGUUUGAAAUGCCAAAGUGGGAGAAGCUCUUUGUCCGGGGCUGCCAAUCCUUUCACCGUCUACCACUCCUAAAGAUGAAACGUGAGUGGUGGGAGCGGGACGUGCAUGUGCUGCUUCCAGAGUCAAAGGUGGAGGUGAACGGAGAACGUGAGUGUUGGGGCACGUUGCAUUUGAAGCUGCCAGAGCAGACUGACUAUUACUUGCAUGUGCCGCCACCAGAGUCUGUAUCACGCAAGAAACAUAUCAUUGAAAGCUACCUCAGGUGA